CUAGCCUGGCCUACGUGGGCCACUCGGGCGUCCUUCCAGCCCACCAUACGCCUACCCUCGGGGCCAUGGGCAAGACGGCCCUCGGAGCGGCGGUGGCAGCUGCGGCGGUGGCUGGGGGCGGGUACCAGCUGGCCGAGUCCUUCGUCCCUGGCGCGCUCGGCCCGCAGCCCGCGGCCAGCCGCCUGGCUCUCCGCGGCGCGGCGGCGGCGGCCGAGGAGGCGUCCCCGGGGGCGCAGGCUGGCGUCGGCGCGGGGCCCCUGCUGGCGCUCGCCGGCGCUGUCGGCGCGGUGGCCCCGCGCCUCGCGUCGCGCCCGAGGCCCGCCCGCACGGCGCGGGCGGCCGCCGCGGCCGUGCCCGCGGCCGCGCCCGCGGAUGAGGAGGAGGCGCCGCCGCCGUUCGACCCGGCCCAGCAGCUGGGGGCCAUGGCCCCGCUGGGCUUCUUCGACCCGCUGGGCUUCUGCAAGGUCGGCGACGAGGAGGGCUUCCGCAACCUGCGCUCCGCCGAGCUGAAGCACGGGCGCGUGGCCAUGAUGGCGUCGGUGGGCGCGGUGGUCCAGGCUCUCCUUCCGGGCGAGGGGCCGAAGGGCCUCGGAGCCGUGGCUUCGGCGCCAGAGGGCCUGGCGGCGCUGGUGCUGGUGUCUGGCGCCCUCGAGCUCACCAUCUGGAGGGACGACCCCGCGAAGGGCGUGGACUCCAUCGGUGACUUCGGCAACCCCCUGCAGCUGGGCGUCGGGGAGCCGCUGGGCGAGUCCGAGGACAUGAAGAACCGGGAGCUCAACAACGGCAGGGCCGCCAUGUUCGCCACGCUCGGCAUAGUCGUGGCCGAGCUGGCCACGGGCAAGAACGCCCUGGAGCAGCUCCUGUCUAGCCUGGCCUACGUGGGCCACUCGGGCGUCCUUCCAGUCCACCAGACGCCUACCCUCGGGGCCAUGGGCAAGCCGGCCCUCGGAGCGGCGGUGGCAGCUGUGGCGGUGGCCGGGGGCGGGUACCAGCUGGCCGAGUCCUUCGUCCCUGGCGCGCUCGGCCCGCAGCCCGCGGCCAGCCGCCUGGCUCUCCGCGGCGCGGCGGCGGCGGCCGAGGAGGCGUCCCUGGGGGCGCGGGCUGGCGUCGGCGCGGGGCCCCUGCUGGCGCUCGCCGGCGCUGUCGGCGCGGUGGCCCCGCGCCUCGCGUCGCGCCCGAGGCCCGCCCGCACGGCGCGGGCGGCCGCCGCGGCCGUGCCCGCGGCCGCGCCCGCGGAGGAGGAGGAGGCGCCGCCGCCGUUCGACCCGGCCCAGCAGCUGGGGGCCAUGGCCCCGCUGGGCUUCUUCGACCCGCUGGGCUUCUGCAAGGUCGGCGACGAGGAGGGCUUCCGCAAGCUGCGCUCCGCCGAGCUGAAGCACGGGCGCGUGGCCAUGAUGGCGUCGGUGGGCGCGGUGGUCCAGGCUCUCCUUCCGGGCGAGGGGCCGAAGGGCCUCGGAGCCGUGGCUUCGGCGCCAGAGGGCCUGGCGGCGCUGGUGCUGGUGUCUGGCGCCCUCGAGCUCACCAUCUGGAGGGACGACCCCGCGAAGGGCGUGGACUCCAUCGGUGACUUCGGCAACCCCCUGCAGCUGGGCGUCGGGGAGCCGCUGGGCGAGUCCGAGGACAUGAAGAACCGGGAGCUCAACAACGGCAGGGCCGCCAUGUUCGCCACGCUCGGCAUAGUCGUGGCCGAGCUGGCCACGGGCAAGAACGCCCUGGAGCAGCUCCUGUUCCACCAGAAGCCUACCCUCGGGGCCAUGGGCAAGACGGCCCUCGGAGCGGCAGUGGCAACUGCGGCGGUGGCCGGGGGCGGGUACCAGCUGGCCGAGUCCUUCGUCCCUGGCGCGCUCGGCCCGCAGCCCGCGGCCAGCCGCCUGGCUCUCCGCGGCGCGGCGGCGGCGGCCGAGGAGGCGUCCCCGGGGGCGCAGGCUGGCGUCGGCGCGGGGCCCCUGCUGGCGCUCGCCGGCGCCGUCGGCGCGGUGGCCCCGCGCCUCGCGUCGCGCCCGAGGCUUGCCCGCACGGCGCGGGCGGCCGUCGCGGCCGUGCCCGCGGCCGCGCCCGCGGAGGAGGAGGAGGCGCCGCCGCCGUUCGACCCGGCCCAGCAGCUGGGGGCCAUGGCCCCGCUGGGCUUCUUCGACCCGCUGGGCUUCUGCAAGGUCGGCGACGAGGAGGGCUUCCGCAACCUGCGCUCCGCCGAGCUGAAGCACGGGCGCGUGGCCAUGAUGGCGUCGGUGGGCGCGGUGGUCCAGGCUCUCCUUCCGGGCGAGGGGCCGAAGGGCCUCGGAGCCGUGGCUUCGGCGCCAGAGGGCCUGGCGGCGCUGGUGCUGGUGUCUGGCGCCCUCGAGCUCACCAUCUGGAGGGACGACCCCGCGAAGGGCGUGGACUCCAUCGGUGACUUCGGCAACCCCCUGCAGCUGGGCGUCGGGGAGCCGCUGGGCGAGUCCGAGGACAUGAAGAACCGGGAGCUCAACAACGGCAGGGCCGCCAUGUUCGCCACGCUCGGCAUAGUCGUGGCCGAGCUGGCCACGGGCAAGAACGCCCUGGAGCAGCUCCUGUUCCACCAGAAGCCUACCCUCGGGGCCAUGGGCAAGACGGCCCUCGGAGCGGCGGUGGCAGCUGCGGCGGUGGCUGGGGGCGGGUACCAGCUGGCCGAGUCCUUCGUCCCUGGCGCGCUCGGCCCGCAGCCCGCGGCCAGCCGCCUCGCUCUCCGCGGCGCGGCGGCGGCGGCCGAGGAGGCGUCCCCGGGGGCGCAGGCUGGCGUCGGCGCGGGGCCCCUGCUGGCGCUCGCCGGCGCCGUCGGCGCGGUGGCCCCGCGCCUCGCGUCGCGCCCGAGGCCCGCCCGCACGGCGCGGGCGGCCGCCGCGGCCGUGCCCACGGCCGCGCCCGCGGAGGAGGAGGAGGCGCCGCCGCCGUUCGACCCGGCCCAGCAGCUGGGGGCCAUGGCCCCGCUGGGCUUCUUCGACCCGCUGGGCUUCUGCAAGGUCGGCGACGAGGAGGGCUUCCGCAACCUGCGCUCCGCCGAGCUGAAGCACGGGCGCGUGGCCAUGAUGGCGUCGGUGGGCGCAGUGGUCCAGGCUCUCCUUCCGGGCGAGGGGCCGAAGGGCCUCGGAGCCGUGGCUUCGGCGCCAGAGGGCCUGGCGGCGCUGGUGCUGGUGUCCGGCGCCCUCGAGCUCACCAUCUGGAGGGACGACCCCGCGAAGGGCGUGGACUCCAUCGGCGACUUCGGCAACCCCCUGCAGCUGGGCGUGGGGGAGCCGCUGGGCGAGUCCGAGGACAUGAAGAACCGGGAGCUCAACAACGGCAGGGCCGCCAUGUUCGCCACGCUCGGCAUAGUCGUGGCCGAGCUGGCCACGGGCAAGAACGCCCUG